UAAUUUUUUUCUUUCCAUAAACCCCAGCAACCGCUACCGAAUUCUCCCAACAUUCGUCCUCCCACAGUUCAAUGGAUGGCAUUGGGGCGAGAUUUCUCGGGAGGUUGGCAGGUUGCCGCCGCUCCUUCUUCUCGACAAGAACACGACUAUUCUCAUCGAUGUCAUCGCCAAGCGCCGUAUGCCCCUUCGACGAAGGUGUCGAGCCCUACAUUCCUGUCCUGAUCGUGGGGGCCGGCCCUGUUGGGCUUGUUCUCUCAUUUCUCCUUACCAAAUUAGGUGUCAAGUGUGCAGUCUUGGAAAAAAGUGCUGCUUUUUCCGAACAUCCACAAGCACACUUCAUUAACAACCGAUCUAUGGAGAUAUUUCACAAAAUGGAUGGUCUUGCAGAGGACAUCCAGAAAUUGCAGCCUCCGGUAGAUUCAUGGAGGAGGUUCUUAUAUUGCACCUCUGUUUCUGGUACCAUUAUUGGGUCAGUUGACCACAUGCAAUCUCAAGCCUUUGAAAAUAAAGUUAGUCCUGUUUCUAUUGCUCACUACUCGCAGUACAAAUUGAUUAGACUGCUACUGAAGAAGUUAGAAAAUUUGGGCUUUAAGUUAUGUUCGCUUGAUGAACUUCAGAAUUUAAGUCACUGUCUGUUUCAAGAGAAGCGGAUUCUCAUGGGUGUUGAAUGCACGUCCGUCAAACCUACUGUAGAUGGUGUCAAUGUAGGUGUUUCUUUGCUCAAAAAGGGAAAAGUGGAACGGAUGAAUUUCCGUUGCAGUUUUCUCAUUGGCUCAGAUGGUUCAAGGAGUACCAUAAGAAAACUAGUUGGUAUUAAAAUGCAAGGUGAACGGGACUUGCAAAAUCUUGUCAGUGUCCAUUUCUUGAGCAAAUAUCUUGGGCAAUACCUCUUGCAUAAGAAACCUGGAAUGCUCUUUUUCAUUUUCAAUUCUAAAGCUAUUGGUGUUCUGGUUGCACACGAUCUCGAUGAAGGAGAGUUUGUGCUGCAGAUUCCAUAUUAUCCUCCUCAACAAAACUUUGAGGAUUUCAGUUUCAAGGUCUGUGAAGAGAUCAUAUUUAAGCUGGUUGGAUGGAAGCUUGAAGAUGUCGAGAUUAAAGAGAUAAAACCAUGGGUGAUGCAUGCUGAAGUUGCAGAGAAAUAUGUUUCAUGCAAUGACAAAGUAAUACUUGUGGGUGAUGCUGCUCACCGCUUCCCACCAGCUGGUGGUUUUGGAAUGAAUACCGGCAUUCAAGAUGCACAUAAUUUAGCGUGGAAAAUAAGUUUGCUGCUGGAUAAUGUGGCUUCAGCCUCAAUUAUCAAGACAUACGAGCUUGAGCGCCGACCAAUAGCCAUUUUUAAUACAGCGCUAAGCGUUGACAACUUCAAAUCAGCAAUUUCCAUUCCAGCUGCACUAGGCGUUGACCCAGCUAUUGCAAACUCAGUGCACAGAGUGAUAAAUACGUUUGGCGCCUUAUUGCCCUAUAGCUUUCAAAAAUUUGCGAUGGAACGAAUCUUUUCAUUGGGUAGGGCUCAACUCUCUACACUCGUUCUGAAUGAAAACAAUCCAAUUGGCUCUAUGAGGCUUGCAAGUCUUAAGAAGAUAUUUGAUGAGGGAAAAAGCCUUCACCCUGCUGAGGAUCUUGGUUUCAGAUAUCUUGAAGGAGCUUUAGUUGUUCAGAAUAAUGAUAGAACUUCGGAAACAAGAGUUGUUAAUGGUUUUAAGCUGAGAUCUAGGGACUAUGUUGCUACAUCAAAACCAGGAGCAAGGUUGCCGCACAUGCAAAUUAAAUCAUUAACAGCUUCAUCAGACGAGGAUUCUUUUUCUAAUUUGGACUUGGUUCCUGGGGAUAAAAUUGAAUUUCUUCUCAUAGUAGCACCAGUGAAGGAGUCUUAUGAUCUUGCACGCAUGGCGUUCAAAACAGCUGAAAAUUUUAAUGUGCCGCUUAAGGUGUGCAUAAUCUGGCCUCAUGAUUCAUCUGUGAAAAUUACAAGUCGUGGUAGCACUGAAUUGCUGCCUUGGAGAAACUCUAUAGAUGUUGUAGAGGUCAAGAGCCCUUCUCCUGUUUCAUGGUGGGAGAUGUGCCAUUUAUCAAGCAAUGGGGUCAUAUUAGUCAGACCUGAUGAUCAUAUUGCAUGGAGCACAGAAUCCAACAAAAUUGAAGAUUCUGCUUCUGAAUUAGAGAGAGUCUUCUCUUUAAUCUUGGGAAAGACUCCUUGUAUGUAAAUAUGUAUAUGCAUAAGAAUUGUAUGGUAUGUAUGUAAAUGCCGUUUAAAUUUUAUUUGUACUAUUUU